CUAGAAACACAGGUAAACCUGUUAAGCAGAGCGAUGUCCAAAGUUGCAAAGGUGGAGUCCUCGAAAGGACAGACGGAUCGGGAGAAAACAAGGAGUAUCAGCAGAAGCGAAGAUGAAGAUAGCACCAGGGAGUCCAAAGAAUCUCGCAAUCUCAGUGAAACCUUGUUUGUGGCUGUAAUAGCUCAGGGUAUAUUAAGCGUACCUUCAAAACGGACGACCCUUAGUUCCAUCUACAACUUCAUCUGUAAACGAUUUCCACACUUCGACAAAGAAAAGGGCCCCGGCUGGAGAAACAGUGUAUGCCAUAAUCUGUUUAGUAAUGACUGUUUCGAGAAGGCGAGCAGAGCAGAGAAUGGAAAGGGCCAUUACUGGAUGGUCCACCCAAAAGAUUUACCCGAGUUCUCAAAAGGAAACAGUUAUCAACGGAAGACCUAGAAAACCAAGAAGACCACGCUGCAGUCUUUCCAUGAGCUGUGACACAGACAUGGACUCGCUUGGACUGCCAAUACCUCUGCAAGCUUAUUCCCGUAUCCCCACACUAAAGCCGUCUUAUAGUUUCGACUUUUCCAAGCCUCACCGGCUCCUUCUCAGCCUUUUUCCCGCCCAUUUGGAGUAACCUCUUCGAGGUAUGAAUACUUCAGUCGCGCAGAGUCAGAGGCACCUGGAUACUCCUUAAACCAGUUCCGAGGAUUCUCAACUGCACCUCCACCAUACGGUUUCCUUUGGCAAGACAACUCAGCCUUCAGUAAUUACGGUACGCGGACAAUGCAGUGGGAGUCAAUUAUGCUUAGAACUGCACAAGCAAUAGAUAUUUACUGAAGUAAUAUAAGAAAGACCUAAGCUUGUAACUACAGUAAAACCUGUGUACAAUGGUCACCCAUGGGAAGAAGCAAGGUAACAGUUAUAUACAGGGUGACCGUUAUAUACAGGUCAACUUUGCAGUAAAUAUAAGGCAACUGAAAAUUUUAGGCAGUUGGCGGGUGACCGCUAUAUACAGGGCUGUUAUAUAAAGUACAGUCCACCGUGAAUUUGGCGGGUGUUGGAUGGCUUUAGAGGCAGUUAUUUGGAGAAACAAUGAAAGAUGACUCUUUAAUUUGAAGUUUAUAGUUCUAAUCUAGUAGGAUAAUAAAUCAAAGUGUCAAAGUUGUUUCUCAUUUAAGUGUUUGUGGACUUAAAUGUUACGUGGGGCGGUAAGAAGUAUAAGUAAUAGCAUGAUUUGUAGUGAUAUUUGGCAUAAAUACGACGAGUGAUAUUUCGAAAUUGUUAUACGUAAUUUCACGAGCCGUUAGGCGAGUGAAAUUUGAGACAAUUUUGAAAUAUCACUAGUGGUAUUUAUGCCAAAUAUCACGUACAAAUCAUGCUAUUAUUUGUUAAUACUACUACCCGCGAAAGGUUUGUACUUUUCACUUGUAGGUAUUUCAAAUUAAGCUGAAAUACCACUGCUAUAAGCCAAUCAAAUUGCAGUAUUUUCAUGUAGUAGAAUAACAGAGGAAAUCACCGCCUCGAGUCAUCCUUAGAAAGUUUGGCGUUGACAAAUAAGAGUUUCGCGCCUGACUACUGCUCGUUAAAACAACAUGGUGGCCGCUUUCAGCGUGGAUAAAAAGAGUGUUUACAGGUUUACAAAAUAAAUGGCCGUCAUGACAUCGCUGGUGUUUCAAAUAAUUACUUAUUUAAAUAUUGACUUGAAAACACAAUGCUGGCGGUGAUAGAAGUCAUGAAUCAAACAAAGGUUCCAUCAUUAGCUUUGACAGGGUAUGAAAAAGGAAAAUAAACACUCGAGGCGAUCCAUUCAAAUUGCUCAGCGGUUUUGCAUUACCAUAUUUCACCAAGCAUGCACAAGCGUUUGGAACAAAAUACAUGAAGUACAUAAAGGAGGCAGCGUGGCCGAGUAGUUAGAGCGCUGGACUUCGAAUUUGGAGGCCACGAGUUCAAGUCCCGUUCUGACCGUUAGCUGCAUUGGUUAAUGGUAGUCCCCAGUUCAAACCCUCGACCACGCUUGUAAAUAGCCAGCUGGUUUGCCUCCGGCCAGUUGGGAUUCUCAGCCCCGUUAAGUUCAAUUUGAAUAAUUUGUUUCAGUCAUUUGCUCGGCCCCACUAGCAUUAGUGCUAUAAAUACUGCCGAGGGUGAAUAACGGAAUUAUACAGAGAUCAAACAAUCACUGUUUAGAGACAAAAAACAGGGUAUGCACAAUGUGCGAGCCAGCGAGGCGGCGGGGCACGCGAGGCAUUAUAUCCUGUUGUUGGAAUGAAUCAUUCAUUAGAUUAUUCAUCAUGCGUGCUCGUGCUCAUGCAUUAUGAAUUUUAUUCGUAGAUGGCAAACAGACGUACUCGAUAUCUUUUAGAGCCAACGAAGCAAGGUUUCACGCUUCACACGGUUCCAUGCGGUGAAAGAAACCGCUGCUGCUAUCGUUGUUUAGGAAAGCUUAGUCAAUGUCUUUUCGAGCCAACGAAGCGAGGUUUCACGCUUUACACGGUUCCACGCGGUUAAAGAAACCGCCACUUCUAUCGGUGUUUAGGAAAGCCUUCAAUCUAGUCUGUCACCCCGGGGGGGCACUUGGGUAUUUUUUGGGUGGGUAUGUGCCGCCCGGGACUCCAAAAUGGCACCCCGUUCUGGAAAAAAUUUCCCCUAAAAUUGAUACCCCGUUCUAGAAAUGGGCCAAUUUUUUAUACCCCGUUCUAGAAUUCGCCCCAAAACUGAUACCCCGUUCUAGAAAUGGGCCAAUUUUUUAUACUCCGUUCUAGGGUGCAACAAGAGUACAACGGUUUGCUUGUUAACGCAUUGAACCGUAUUUUUAAAAGCAAUCUGUCCUUGAAUACUUUCAAAUGGCUACCAACAAAAAUGGAGCUUUCGUGCGUUCGAAAUAUUAUACCCCGUUCUAGAAAACGCCUCUGAAAUGGAUACCCCGUUCUAAAUCAGGAGCUUCAAAAUCACGACCCCUUUGGGCGGCACAUACCCGUAUAUGUAAUGUAUGGGAGUACCCCCGGGUCUGUCACAAGAAAAAAGAUUGGCUGACCCUGCUGGUUGUCAACUUUGGAUCUCUAGAAAAGAGAUCUAAUCAGCUAAAAUAUUAAGAACCAAAAAACGAGAAGUCCUAAGACUACUGCAUAGAGACUACUGUACUUUUUAGAACAAUUUGGCCUUUGGCUCGCAAAAUUUGGGCUGGCUCGCACGCCUCGCAGCUCUCGCAUGCCUCGCUGCCUCGCGUGCCUGGCUACCUCGCGUAAUUGCAUGAGGGUUGUGGGCUCCUGCUUCCGGUUGAACAAUAUGCUGGGCAAUGUACCUUGGAAGGAAUCGACCAAUCAAAUUGAUUGUUCAUACUCUACUUACACGCCAAACGUCUCAUUUGACCUGACUUUGGACUCAACGGUAGCCGGUGCAACACGGAACUGAAGAGAAGACACUUAGUUACGCGAAGAAAUAUGGGGUGCUUUUAAGGCCUGGCUAUCUUAAUCGUUGUAUGCACAAUAAUAAUAUGUGCUUUCCAAAAUUCUGUGUUUCUUUCUGUUAAAGAGAACCAGAAACGUUUCGUCAUCGAGGAUAAAUGAAGACUUGAACGGACAUCAUCUUGAACCCGGGAAUCCAGUGGAAAUCAACACAGAGUGGCCUCACUUGAAUCGAAGAAAACAACCAAUCGAACAUAGCGAACAACCAUUCAAUCAGGUAGCUUUAUGA